CCGCAGCGGCGGCAUGGCGGGCCGGCGGGUGAACGUGAACGUGGGCGUCCUGGGCCACAUCGACAGUGGCAAGACGGCUCUGGCGCGCGCGCUCAGCACCACGGCCUCCACCGCCGCCUUCGACAAGCAGCCGCAGAGCCGCGAGCGCGGCAUCACGCUCGACCUGGGCUUCUCGUGCUUCUCGGUGCCGCUGCCCGCGCGCCUGCGGCCGGCGCCGCUGGGGGCCGAGCCCGAGCCCGAGCUCGGGGCCGAGCCGCGGCUGCAGGUCACACUGGUCGACUGCCCCGGGCACGCCUCCCUCAUCCGGACCAUCAUCGGCGGGGCCCAGAUCAUCGAUCUGAUGAUGCUGGUCAUUGACGUGACCAAGGGGAUGCAGACCCAGUCGGCUGAGUGCCUUGUGAUUGGGCAGAUCGCCUGCCAGAAGCUGGUCGUGGUGCUGAACAAGACAGACCUCCUACCUGAAGGGAAGAGACAGGCGGCGAUUGAUAAGAUGACCAAGAAGAUGCAGAAGACCCUAGAGAACACCAAGUUCCGAGGUGCACCCAUCAUGCCCGUGGCGGCCAGGCCUGGGGGACCGGACGCCCCCGAAACGGAAGCUCCACAGGGCAUCCCAGAGCUCAUUGAGCUCCUGACGUCCCAGAUUUCCAUCCCAAGGAGAGACCCCUCGGGACCGUUCCUCAUGUCUGUGGACCACUGCUUCUCCAUCAAAGGCCAAGGCACUGUGAUGACAGGGACCAUCCUCUCAGGCUCCGUUAGCCUCGGUGACAGUGUGGAGAUCCCUACCCUCAAGGUGGUGAGGAAGGUGAAGUCCAUGCAGAUGUUCCACACACCCGUCACGUCUGCUGUGCAGGGGGACCGGCUGGGCAUCUGUGUCACCCAGUUCGACCCCAAGCUGCUGGAGCGUGGCCUGGUGUGCGCCCCCGAGUCCCUGCACACGGUCCAUGCAGCCCUCGUCUCCGUGGAGAAGAUCCCGUAUUUCCGGGGAUCCCUGCAGACCAAGGCCAAGUUCCACAUCACCGUGGGCCACGAGACGGUCAUGGGCCGGGUGAUGUUCUUCAGCCCCGCCCCCGACAGCUUCGACCAUGAGCCCGUGCUGGACUCCUUCGACUUCUCCCAGGAGUACCUCUUCCAGGAGCAGUACCUGUGCCCGGGCUCGGUGCCGGCCGAGACGGACGGUGGUGAGGCCGACAGGAGGGUGGGCCAGGCCUCCGAAGGCCGCUGCCCCCGGCAGCAGUGGGCCCUCGUGGAAUUCGAGAAGCCCGUCACCUGCCCGCGGCUGUGCCUGGUGAUUGGCUCCAGGCUGGACGCGGACAUCCACGCCAACACAUGCCGGCUGGCCUUCCACGGCGUCCUGCUCCACGGGCUGGAAGAUAAGAACUACGCCGAGAGCGCCCUGCCCAAGCUGCGAGUGUACAAGCUGAAGCACAAGCACGGCAUCGUGGAGCGGGUGAUGGACGACUACAGUGUGAUCGGCCGCUCCCUGUUCAAAAAGGAGACCAACAUCCAGCUCUUCGUGGGGCUCAAGGUGCACCUGUCCACUGGGGAGCUGGGGGUCAUUGCCAGCGCCUUCGGCCAGAGUGGCAAGUUCAAGGUCCACGUCCCUGGUGGCCUCAGCCCCGAGUCCAAGAAGAUCUUGACGCCCGCCCUCAAGAAGCGGGGCCGCGCCGGCCGAGGGGAGGAGGCGGAGCAGCCAGAGCCCAUCCAGCACGUGGCUCUCAGCUUGUCUUUCAAGCGCUACGUCUUCGACACCCACAAGCGCAUGGUCCAGUCUCCCUGAGUGCCCGCCGGCCGCCCCGGGGCACCUUGCCCAGGCCCAGGGGCCACAGUGCCACAUGUGCCUCCACCUCCAGGCUCUCCCCGGAGCCCCCGCACCCCCCCGCCAGGGGACAGCACCGUGCAGGAAUGGGCUUCGGCUCCACAGCUGGUGGCCAGUGUCUCCCAGGCUGCCCGGCUGGCGGCCAGCGCUUGCCAGCUGCAAAUAAAUGUCCCGUGGUGCCCGCCCA